AUGAUCGACCCGCAUCUCUUCUGCGGGCCGGAGUUCACGCUGGAGGUCCCAGCGGAGCACCAGCUCCCACUCCUACCCAGCCUGGUGCUGCAGCUGCAGACGGAGUUGUACAAUCUCCUGUCACCGGCUGUGCGACGCAAGAUACACGCGACGCACAACAGCAGCAGCGCCGCCGCUGUGCCACCACCCCCUGAUUCUCUUCUCUUCGUGGAUGUGCAGCCAAUAAUUCCACAGGGCUCAGUCAAGGAGGAUGCCGCGGCGGCUGAAGGGACCAUCCAUCUUGUGCUGCUUGUUACGGACUCCCGUGCUGCGGCAGAGUUGUUUCUAAUUGUACUGCGGAACCCAUUCAUUGCGCUGCCGCACCGCAUGCGGCUGCGUAGUCGCUGUACUAGCAGCAGCAGCGGUGGUGGCGGUGAGAAGGGACGCACCCCGCCGGCGGAGAUACUGCGCAGGAAGGAGGCACUGCGCUCUCGUAUGAACUUUGACGAGGAUUUGUGGCGCACGCUGCAGGAGACCCUCACUCCUGAGUGGAUGCAGGAAUUUGAGGCACAACACUUGCGGCAGCACGACGGUGCGGCCGCUAUGCGUGAGGCACAGCGGCACGAGCAGCGUGUGGAGAGUGUUCUGCGCUACUGCGAGAAGGAAGUGCAAUACGUUGGUGUCAUGGACGAUGCAGGCAAGGCAAGCCCUUUCCUCACGGCGAUGGGUCUCUUCUACCGACUCGGCCUCACUCACCGCGACGCGCUGCUGCACUUUGCUCGGCACCCACGACGCACAGUCCGUGCAAUUGCCCUCUUCAUUGCGCGCUACACCGUCGCGCCGGAGGAGUUAGAGCCGUUCUUCGCUCCAUCCAUCACCGACGAGGUGGUGGUCGCAUGUGCCGACGAUCUGCAGGUAACGAGCUCGAUGCGGCAGCUCUGUGCGGACUUGCUGCUGUGCGACGAGGUGUGCGAGGCGUGGCCGCCGACGUACCACCCGCACUGGAUCGAGCACACGGUGCGGCCAAUGAUGCAGCGUGUGGAGGCGGAGUGCAAGCGGCGUGAGGAACUCCGAGAGGCACGCGCCGGUGACGGCAACAAGAACACGGCGGCAGCAGCAGCAGUAGCAGCAGCAGCAGCAAAGCCAGGUGGAGGUGCGGUGGUGCGUGGGGCGGGGACAGGCGUUGGUGUAUUCGGCUUCCGCAGCAUCCAUGACCUGCAGAGGUACGUGAGGGAGAAGGAGCGGGUGCUGGUGCCGCAGCGUAUUGUGACCAUGUCUGCGGCGGCGCGAGAUGGUGCCGUAGAUGGUGCUGCAGCAGACUUGGUCAGGUCCAACGACAAUGAUGAUGCUGAUGAUGAUGAUGAUGAUGACUUUUUGAUCAAGGUGCGGCUGGAGGGCGAUGACAGGGUGUCGCACAGCAGUGUUGUUGCUGGGCAGGGACACGGUAGUCGGCCCGCACAGCAGCAGCAGCAACAACAACAGAAGAAGAAAGAUGCAUCAAGGCGAAAGCGGCAGCGGGAGGCGACGGCAACAAAUACACGUGCGUUGGUGGUAACAGGGGCAUACCGCGCUGUCCUGCGCCUCCUCGGCCGCACAGAGCCGUUCGACAAGCGUUCAGAGCACUACCUAACUUUCUGA